AGAGCACAGCCAAUCAUGGCCCGUCCUUCUCCUCCGGCCGCCAAUCAUGGCCUUCCUUUCUCCUUCAGCUGCCAAUCACAGCCUAUCAGUCUCCUCCAGGCGCCAAUCAAAGCCUUCUUUUGUUUUCCCGCAUAUAUCACUCUUGAGGUAAAUGGGCGGGAAUAUAAACGGAGGACGGCAAUUGGUCGGUCGGCGCCUGAAGUCCCGGUGUUUGAGGUGGGAGGUUGUACAGACAUGGCACAGCAGAGGAGGAGAGGUCGUCCCAGUGCUGUCCCGGACACAUCAGCUCAGGAUAUGGAGGAAGAGCUGAUCCAGACCCAAACGCUAACGCAGGCAAAGAGGAACCUGGAGAAGCAUUCUCCUGACCAAGUAAAUCUCAAGGUUGGCGAAUUGGUACAAUAUUGCUUGGUGAGGGACCAAAAAAAGCAGCUCAUUAAACGUGCAGAUAUUAUAAAGAAUGUGGUGAAGGAAUACAAGGAUGUGUAUCCUGAAAUACUUCUCCGUGCUAAGAGAACUCUGCAGGAGGUAUUUGGUUUUGAGCUGGAGGAGAUCGACACCAAAAACCAUAUAUAUGUUCUCACCAACAGACUGGAGCCUGUAGAGGGGGAUGGAAUUAAAGUGAAUGAUGAGACUGCCAAGUUGGGAUUGCUUACAGUAAUUUUGAGCCUUAUUUUCAUGAAAGGGAACACCGUUAAAGAAUCGGCUGUAUGGGAGAUGUUGAGGCACCUGCGCAUUAUUCCAGGGGAGAAGCAUGAGCAAUUUGGGGAUGUGAAAAGACUUGUGACGGAUGAAUUUGUCAAGCAAAAAUAUCUGGAGUAUAAUAAGGUCCCCCAUACAGAUCCCACAGAGUAUGAAUUUCAGUGGGGAGCAAGAGCCUUUAAAGAAACUUCUAAGACGAGAAUCCUGGAUUUUGUCUCCAAGAUUCAACAGAAGGAACCCAAAUCCUGGGAGUCGCAGUACAAAGAUGCACAGGACCCAGCACCGUCUACAUCACAAGGAUCUUCUUCCUCACAGUCCACCAGGCAAAGUGUAGGUUCCUCUCAAGCUGCCGCCAAGCAAAGUAUAACUUCCUCACAGUCUGCCAGGCAAAGGUUGGCUUCCUCCCAACCCACCAGGAAAGCUAUCACUUCCUCGCAGUCUGCCAGGAAAUCUAAAUAAACCGGAUGAAGUUUUGUAAGCUUUAUUUACACACAGACCAAAAGACUUUAAGAGUUUAUUUAAAAACAAGGUUGCAUCCAAAAGUUCAGGCUUUACCAUCUCAAUUUUGCCCACCAGGGGGCAUUAUAAUACCAGCAAUUUCAAUGUUCUUGAUCAACAAGUUGCACAAGUCUCAUUCAUAGUUCCCGGAGGUAGUUUCCUCCAAGUCUUGUUAUGGAUGAAGUUCUGUGCCAAGUAUUCCAGUGUGCCUUUUUGUUGAUGCUCAUCAGUUCCUGGUGAACUUUGUAGAUGGCUGAAUAAAAAAGUUACCGUUGGAAAUA